AUGGAAUUAACCGGCUUCAGCGAUGAACAAUUAACCGUCCGCGAUGCUGUGUCUAAUAUCUGCUCUCGCUUCCCUAACACCUACUGGCAAGAACAUGAUCAGAAAGAACAAGAUCCGACGGAUUUCCACGCGGCACUCGCCAAAGACGGGUGGCUGGGUAUUGCCCUUCCUGAGCACUUGGGUGGUGGGGGAUUAGGUAUAUCUGAAGCAACAAUGAUGAUGCAAACCAUCACACAAUCCGGCGCCGGAAUGGCCGGUGCCCAAGCCAUCCACGCAAACGUGUAUGCAACACAACCACUGGCCAAAUUCGGGAGCGAAGAGCAAGUCAACGAGACCAUUCCCAAGAUCAUCAACGGGACGUGGCGGACGUGCUUUGGCGUGACAGAGCCAAACACGGGGCUGGAGACGCUGAAGCUGAAAACGCUAGCAAAGAAGAAAGAUGAGCACACGUAUACCGUGUCUGGGCAGAAGAUCUGGAUUACGUGUGCGCAGGUGGCGUCGAAGAUGAUUCUGCUGGCGCGGACGACCCCGUUGGAGGAGGUGAAGAAGUCGAGUCAGGGGUUGUCGCUUUUCUGUAUUGACCUUGAUCGUGGACAUCCCGGGUUGGAUGUGCAGAAGAUUAAGAAGAUGGGUGGGCGAGCCGUGGAUGCGAAUGAGGUUUUCUUUGAUAACUACGAUAUUCCAGCCAGCACGCGCAUUGGGGCUGAGAAUGACGGGUUCAAAAUCAUCCUCCACGGCAUGAAUGCCGAGCGAUGCCUGCUCGCCGGUGAAGCGCUGGGAUUGGGCUAUGCCGCACUCGAAAAAGCAGUGCAAUACGCCAACGACCGCGUUGUCUUUGGCCGGCCCAUCGGAAAGAACCAGGGCAUUGCGCAUCCCCUCGCCGACGCAUGGAUGAAGCUCGAAGCAGCCAAGUUGGCCACCUACCAUGCAGCCAGACUGUACGAUGCCUCUGCAGCGGAUGAGUCUAUCCCGAUGCACUCGGUCGGAGUGGCAGCCAACAGUGCCAAGUAUCUUGCUGCCGAGGCGGCAUUCACGGCGUGUGAACGGGCUGUCUUGACGCAUGGUGGCAUGGGAUAUGCGAUGGAGUACGAUGUGGAGAGAUAUUUGAGGGAGAUUCUGGUGCCGCGGAUUGCGCCGGUCAGUCGCGAGAUGAUUAUGAAUUAUGUGGGCGAGAAGGCAUUGGGGCUGCCUCGUAGUUAUUGA